CGCCAGCUGAGCGGUAUUGGUGGAGAAAAAGCUUUCGCCAAGAACGAAUCGCAACCACAACAACGCUUUGGGUGCCGGCAACAGAUAAGGAUACAAAAAGGAUUUCCCAGACAACAUAAGACAUUUUCAACUUUAGUAACUAAGCCACUGCAUACGCGACCAUCUCUAGUCGAAAGUGUCAUCUCUACGCCCGCGACCAGCUGUUCAGCUUUUUGUUGACGUUGUAGUUGGAACCGCAGCGUCUUUUACCACCGUAUAGGUUUAGCGUUAGUUACUAAGGAGAUCGAUCGCUAUGUCGGCGGUGGCCUACGACUCCCUGCUGUCCACGACGGCGGUGAUCAGCACCGUCUUCCAGUUCCUCUCCGGCGCCAUGAUAUGCCGAAAGUACAUACAGAAGAAAAGCACGGGAGACUCUUCCGGAGUUCCCUUCAUAUGCGGAUUCUUAUCGUGCAGCUUUUGGUUACGCUAUGGAGUCUUAACCAACGAGCAGAGCAUUGUGCUGGUCAACAUCAUCGGAUCGACGCUUUUUCUGGUCUACACGCUGAUCUACUACGUGUUUACCGUCAACAAACGUGCCUGUGUAAAGCAGUUUGGAUUCGUUCUGACCGUUCUGGUGGUGGUUAUUCUCUUCACAAAUCGGCUGGAAGAUCAGCGCGAUCGAAUGAUACACGUCACAGGAAUUGUGUGCUGCAUCGUGACCGUGUGUUUCUUCGCCGCUCCGCUGGCUAGCUUGCUGCAUGUGAUACGGGCGAAGAACUCCGAGAGCCUUCCCCUGCCCCUGAUAGCCACGUCCUUCUUGGUUAGCCUGCAGUGGCUAAUCUACGGCAUACUGAUAUCGGACUCAUUCAUCCAGAUUCCCAACUUUCUGGGCUGCAUACUGUCUCUGCUGCAGUUGGGUCUGUUUGUCCUGUACCCGCCGCGAAGCUACUCCGGCCAUGGCUACAAGCUGGUGGAACAGGCGGUGCCGUUUUAGAGAGCUAAUCGGACACAGCCACGCAUUUUGCUUUGGCUUCCGAGCGUGCCGCAUACAGGGUUUAUACAUGCUGCUUGCUUAGACGCCAAGCUUAUUUACUAUAGACAUAUGUACGUAAAAGUAAGCCUAUAUUUAUUGUAAAGUAUUUAUUAAAUCCCGAGGAUUUGCCUCGAAUAUCCCGCUACUUACGUUGCCUUGCUGUUCGGUGGCGUCCAUUUGAAUGUAGCCUUUAGAACCUGUAUUCCUAAUAAACCAACACACGGGAAACGAUUGAGUAACCGAAA